CUCAUGGAAGAAUGAUAACGAUUUCCGCUGGUGGCAGGGAAACUGACAGAUUGUAGUCAUACAAAUGUCUUUGAAAAAUGCUGUAGUGUAAACUUGUUUGAUAUUUUAUGUGCUUUCUUCAAGAAUGGCAGAUUCGUUUUCGAUUGAAGGGGCCCGCAGUGGUCAAAUGCAUUCUCUUCUCGGCGAGUUCAAAGGAUUAUACGAGGGACGUCUCAAACGAUUAGAUGAAACAGAGGGCUCCGGGGACGAUACACUCAAGACCCGGGUACGAAUCCUACAGGCCUAUGUGAAUGAUCUCAGUGAGCAGAAUGACGUUCUGGUGUCCACACUGGAAGAGCUGGAGAAGGAAGCCAGGGAGAGGGUCAACCUGCUGGAAAAAGAACUCAAAAAGGCUUCAUCAUCCAGCAAGGACCACGUCUCCAAGACCAGGGAGCUGGAGCGAGAACUCAGGGCGCUGACGAUAGAGAAGACACGGGCCGAAAAUCUGCUGGAGAAAAAUACAGCCGAUUACUCAGUACGAUUGUCCUCUCUACAGCAGUUCUCCUCCUCAUACCAAAGAUCAGAACAGACUGUUCAUAACAGGGAUUUACAACAGAGGGUCCAUCGCCAAGAAGAAAGUAAUGCAAGAAUAAGGGAGGACAACUCUAAUCUGAACCACGAUGUGGAUCAACUUCUUUCAGUCAUCAGAACUGCCAGGAACACUGGGAAAUGGGAGAUUGAAAAUGUUCGUUUUCGUGAACUUUCGAAGGAGCAAGUGUUUGGUGUCAUGAAGGAACCUCUAAUGAGGAUAGGAGGUGAUGAAGCAUUAGAAGAACAGCUCAGGAACCUUAAAGACCAGUUACGCAGAAAGGAAGAACAACUAGAGCAGCAAAGCAGGGAGAUGUCCUCACUGCGGGUAAAGAGGAGAGCAGAGGACCCCGAUUCCUCCAAUUCUAGUCAGUCAGAUAAAGAUUACACUGUCAUGCAACUGAAGACCGACCUCCGACGAGCUGAGCAGAGGGUGGAGGAUCUACAGUUAGAGGUUUCAAAUCGUGAUAGAAAAAUGAGUUCCCUUCAGUCCCAGCUACAUGAUCUACACAAGGAGAUUUCCCGGCGCGAUUCUGAAAUCACUACUCACCAACAAACAAUCAAAAUGAUGCAGGAAAAACAGCGCUACCUGUCAGGGGAGAGUGGAAAAGCUGAAGACACCAUUCGCCAGCUGAGAAACGAGCUCUCGAUGUCCAAAGAAAAGUUUUCACAGGUGUCACAUGAUGUCAAUCAUUAUGAGAGACGAAUUCGAACUCUAGAAAAUGAAAUCCAUGAAUCCAAAGAUCAAAGAAGGAAGGCUUUAGAAGAGAUGGGCAUCCUACAGGAGAGAAUCCGGGAGAGUCAGCUGUCCACCAAAGAUCACCACGAGGUCCUCAAGUCCGAGUUAGCUCGCCGAGACGACACGAUCCAGAAACUAAGGCGAGAUGUACUUCAACUCCAGGAGAAACGAGAUGCUGCAGUCAGUGAGCUGGACCAACAAGCUCGUAUUGUCAAUCAAGUGAAGGACCAGAAGAAGCACCUGGAGGAUGAGAUUCAUAGACUAGAAGCCAAGAACAAAACCUUUGAAGAUGAACUGAUAUCUUGUAAGAAAGCAUACGAUGAAGCCAAAAUGGAUGCUAACUCAACUGUCUCCAAGAUGACACGAAUGGAGGGAGAAAUGCAAUCUUUGCGUUCUCAACAUGCUGAUUCUUUGGCACAGAUUCAGAAAUUAACCAACAGCCUUCAGAAACUGCAGAUUUCAUCUAAAGACACCAGAGACUGCCUAACAUCUGAGAUGUUUGACUACAGUAGACCUGGUGUUGCAGAAAGGCAUGACAACAUUGUAAAACUAAGAAAUGAAAACCGUGACAUCGAGGAAAAACUGAGGGAGGCGUUGGCAUCUGCCUCACACAGGGGAGAAGUCAUUAAGCAGCUGAGAGAUGAGAUUAAACAGUAUCAGGGAAAAGUACAAGAGUCUCAGAGAAAGAUUGACUCCAUGGACCAGGAGCUGCAGCAGUGUAAUAGUCGGUACACGGCCCAGGCGCGCGAGGUGGACCGCCUCCAGACGGUGAUACAGGAGCGAGACCUGACCUCUAGCCAGCAGGAGACCAUGCUCAAGUCAGACAUUGCCGAGAGGGAGGAGGACCUCCACAGGUUCAAGGCAGAAAUCUCUGUGCUACAUGAAAAGCUCGCUCAGAACGGAAACCAGUUGAUCAACCGAGAUGAUCAGAUAGCCAGAUUAAACAAGGAUAUAGCAGAUCUACAGGAGCAAUUGUCUCGCAAAGACUCCUCACUCAAAAACCUCGACCAUGAACUCAGAAAUGCUCAGGAAGAUAGAAGGAAUGUUGAGGAUUCGCUUUCGCGUCGCGAGAUAAGCAUUCAGCAGUAUGAUGUAGAUCUAGCUCAGGUCAAACAGCAGUACAGAGAGGCAGUGGAGGAAAAUGGUCGCCUCGAGGCACGUAUCCAGGCCUUCGCCAUCAAUGCUCAGAGUGAACAGGAUGUGCUCAGCUCAGAGGUGAAGAGGAGAGAAGAUGUGAUCAAGAGGUUGAAGAUGGAGCAUGUCAACAUGCAAGAAGCCAACAGCCGCUUUGAGGAAAAGAUAAAUCAAAUGGAGAGGGAACUAGAUCAGAUGAAGAUGCACUUGAGAACCAGUCAAUCAGAGCUGGACACCAAGCGUGGAAUUAUCACCAAUCUAGAACAUAAUUUGGAGGAAUCCAAGAAGCGAGGAGCACACCAACUGGAUGAGAUCAACCGUCUGGAGGACCAGGUCAGGGAGCUAAAUAUAGAACUGACCUCUGUUCAGUCCCAGGUGGAGAAACUACAGCACUCUGCUCACACUAAGGAUGAGUUGAUACACAACCUGAAGAAGGAUGUUGAGGGUCUGCAGAAACAACAGAAGGACACAGUGAGCAAGGUUGUUGUCCGAGAUGACACUAUCCAGAAACUAAACAAUGAGAUCGGCAAGCUGAAGGCCAAGCAUCAAGAGAAACUGGGAGAGGUGCAGAAACAAGGGGAGACCAUUAGAAAGUUACAGGAGGCACUGACAAAGAGUCACAUUGAACUGGACGCCUCUCGCAAAACUACUGAUGAAGAGGUGAGAAAGAGAGAUGAAUCCAUCAAACAGCUACAGGAGGACUUGAUGGAGUCUCAGGCCCAGUACAGUGCUUGCUAUAAUGAGCUGCUGAAGGCGGAGGAUGACAUCCAGUGUCUGAAGAAUGACAACAGCCACAUGAACCAGGCGAGCCAGGCAAGCUCACAGGAGAUCGGCCAGCUCCAGGACCAGCUCCACCAGAUCGAGCUCGAGCUCACCAUCUCUCAAGAGAAGCACAGGACCUGCCAGAAAGAGGUUGCUAACAGAGACCAGGUGAUAUUGAAGCUUCAAACAGACCUAGAUACCACUCAGGAGAAAUACACAGGAUGUGUGGAGGAGCUGAAUAUAAGAGAGGACGAGGUCAUAAGGUUAAAUAACAAGGUCAAACAGCUGCAGCAGGAGAUUCGUGACCUGAACUCACAGAUUGAAGGGGACUCCCAAAAGAUUAAUGAGGAUGAGAAAACUAUUCAGAAACUUCAACAUGACCAGGAGAUAUCCCUUCAAGAGAGAGAUCAGCAGGUGAAAAAUCAUUUGCGAACCAUCGAGCAAUUGAAGACAGACCUGCAGAUUUCACGGAGCAACCAUGAACAGGAAAUCCACCGUCUGCAGUCGGAUAUAGAGGUCCUGUCCAAGGACUUACAGACGACGAAGGCUGACCUGAGUGACAGCCAGAACACGGUGAUGGAGCAGAGGUCCUCCAUCGCAUGUAUGACUGACGAGAUAGAGAGAAUGGGCAAACAGCAGGACAACAGCACCAGGGAGAUGAUGAGGCAGUCUGAGACUCUGGCAGAGCAGGAAAACAAAAUCUCGGAUCUGAAGCAGCAGGUGAUCAUUCUCGAAGACCAGGUAGACACGUCUCGCGAGGACGGUCAGCAACUGGAAGCCAAUCUCAAUACGUACAAACAGAAGUACAGCCAGUCCAUGAACGAGAUAGGGCAGCUGGAGGAGUCGGUGAAGACAUUACAGGAGCGCCUCACCGAGAGUCGUAACAAGGAGCUUGAGAAGGAGCAGAGGAUAGAGAGCCUGAAGAACGACUACGAGAACAUGGACAGGAUGUACAACGAGACCAAACACGAGGUGCAGAAGUGUGAGGACGUGGUGGACCAGCUGACCCAGGAACUCAACGCCUCCCAGGAGGAGCUGUCGCUGUCCCAGAACCGGGUCAGGGAGUGUGAGGAGAACAUCAAGAACCUCAAGGACCGCAUCAACGACCUCACAGCCGAGUCUCUAUCCAAUGAUCAGAGAGCCAGAGCCUAUGAGAAUGAACUCCUGACCUACAAAGGAGAGCACAGCCACACAGACCAGGAGUAUUUAGAGAGAGAGGAUAAGAUCUCUUCUCUGGAGAUUGAGGUCGAGGAAGUCCGUAAUGAACUGCAGGGCAAGGUCCGUUUGUUAGGGGACUACCAGGACCAGGUUAAUGAUCUGAAGGUGGAGCUGGCCUCAGUGAGGGAACAGAAGAAUAGUGCUAUGAAAGAGAUUGAUCGUCUUGAACAAAGUAUUCAGCAGUUACAGCUGAACUUGGCUGGUUCCCAUCAACGACACAAGUCUGACACCAGUCGACUCCAGGACCAGCUGGGGACACUGGAAGCCGGUCUCCACCAAUCACAGGCCAGGGGAGCGGCCCUGGAACAGGAGCUGUCCCGGCGGGAGGAGCAGGUCAAGUCUAACGAGGCAGAGAUCAAGGCAUGCAGGGCAGACAUUGCGAACAAGGCUGAAGAGAUUGAAAAGCUGGAGGCCAACAUCAAAGACUUGAAGUUGGAGGUGAAUCAUCUUCAGGGUGCCAAACAGAGAGCAGACAACCAGCUCUCUGAACUUCAAAAUGAGGCUGAGCAUUUGAAAUCUGAUUUGUCAGAAGCACGUUCUCAGUACAAGGACUGUGCACAGGAGCUUGCCCACCAUGAAGAAAAACUGAUGUUGAUGGAACAAAGCUUGAACACCACACAAGACCAGCUUAGUCAGAGGGUCACGGAGGUCGUCAGGCAUGAGCAAAUCAACAGGAAGUUACAGGCUGAACUGAAGACACUGAGGGAGAGGAACACGAGCUAUGAGGAGGAGAUCGCCGAGCAGAAGGGGAUCAUUGACAAGCUGAGGAAAGACCUGGUGGGUUCCAAGGAGGAGUACCACUCGGCUGUACAGGAGGGGCUGGCCUACAAACAGCGGGCCCACAAAACAGAGGUGGAGCUGAAGGGGGCCAGAGAACAGGAGCAGAUGUUGACAGAACAGGUGGAGCAACAGGACAACAUUCUGACCCAGCUCCAACAGGAACUGAAGGCAGAGAGAGACCGGCAUACAGACACCGGCCGACACCUACAGAAGGCCAAGAAAGCCAACCACGACCUCCAUAACGACAUCGAGAACUACCACAAACAAGUGGGCGAUCUGGCUACCACUAUAAAGGAGAAGGAUGAGCUGUUGUCAGGGAUGCGGGCAGAGCUGGAGUCCCUACAGCAGAGACAGCGGGCCCUCAAGGAGGACCUGGCCGAGAAAGAGGGUCAGCUGAGGGUGGCCAAAAUGAAUCUCCAGACAGCCCAGAAACAGAGUCAGCACCACGCUCAGGAGAUAACUAGAUAUGAAGAGACUCUUGGACAAAUGCAGAAUGACCUUGACAAAUCUCAGGAACAGUUUAGGAAAACACAUGCUGAGUUGUUGGAUAAUGAGCAGAGGGUUCAUGACCUGAAGGUUCAGUUGACCACAGUUCAAGGUCAUCAUAAGGAAUCCAUGGAUCAGCUGGGAGAGAAAUCUCGCCAGGUGGCAGCACUAAAGACCGACCUUGCCAAAUCACAGCAGCAGACAUCAUCUCUCACUGAUGAGAUCCAAGCAAUGGAAGAUAAAAUGAGAAUGAUGGGUGGAGACUGUAAGAAACUACAAGAAAUCAACAAAGCUGCAGAUGAUGAGAUGCGAGCUUUUGAGAUGAAAUUCCAAGACAUGCAGCAAGAGCUGAUGAACACACAGGACAAGGGCCGGCAGAGCUUACAGGAGCUCUCUGCAAGGGAGGAAGAAAUAGUGGUCCUCAAAAUAGAACUCAGCAACCUGCAAGAAAAAUACAAAGCCAAACUGAAUGAGCUGGACAAGAUAAAGUCUGACCAUGACUUCAUCCAGUACAACUACCACUGCUCCGGGGAGGAGAUUCAGUCCCUCAGGAACGCCCUUGAGGAGUCAAGGUCAAACGGUGACCGUCUGCACAGAGAGAGUGAACUAGUGGUUCAGAACGUGAACACCUGGGUUCAAGAACAAAAGCUUGCAAAUGAGAAACUUGGCAACAAGAUUAGAGAGCAAAGCAAGGCCAUCAUGACUCUAACAUCAGAGAAAGAACAACUGUUAGAUCAAGUUGCCCAACUUCAGAAACAGAGCAACAAAAUCAAGAUUGAAUUGGAAGAGAGAAGAGACGAGUCGGACAGGUUCAAGGCACUGCAGAACCAUUCUGCACACCAGCAGGUGAUCCUCAAUCAGCUCAGAUCUCGCCUGGAGGAUCAUGAACACGAUCAAGAUCAGGAGGUACAGAGCAAGAUAGCCACGAUAGAGGACCUCCACUCUAGGCUGAAACUCAAUAUAGACAACAUCCAGCAACUCAAUCAACAGUUAAGUAAUUUACAAAAGGAGAACCACCGUCUUAGAAACGACCUUGACCGGGAAAUAUCCUCCAGACAGACGAUGGAGUUACAGGUAGAGAGCAAGGAACAGACCAUCAGCAGCCUCAAGUCACAGCUGGAGGCCAAGCGCCACCUGCUGAUAGAGAACAGCUCCCCGCUCAAGGACUUUGAUAAACCUAGCCCAGUUAGUAAGCGAUCCCCAAAGCGCAAGUCUCGCACCAUUAGUCCCCAAAGAGCUUUCGGCAAAGGACUAGAGGAUGCUGGGAUAUCAGAUCCACACGCUUUAGACAAAAAUUACUGGAUUCAAAGAGUAGGGGAGAGGUACCCAGACAGCCAUUAGUGUAGUGUAGCUUUCGAUCCAGUUACAACAGAGCAGUGAAUACUGGGCAGACAAAGUGCGAGAACUCUCGGGGCAGCUGGGCAAGGCCCGAUCCACCAUCAGCCAGUCCCCCAAGCCGCGAUAGUCUGACCCAGCUGUACAUCUAGUGUUUGUGUUACCGUCCAUUAGAACUAGUCGCAGAACUUGGAUGUUGUCGGUACUGUUUCUGUACACAGGGAUAGCAGACACCGUUGUAGAGAAGUUUUAAUGUGAAUGUGUGUGUGUACAUGUAUUUAGAGGAAGCAUAAUGUAUUUAUUGAAAUACAGAUGAUUCAGCACCGAGUUAGCUGCCAGUUGUCUGCCAAUUACUGAUAGAAAUUCAAGUCUCUUUGUUGUUGUAAGUUAUAGAUAUUUUUUAAGGAUAUUUUGUUUAAUAUUUAUAUUUUUUUAUUUAGUAUUGACAAGUGUUCGACACUUUUCAUAUUUUGCCGUCCAUUUAUUGAAGCUUUUGACCAUUAUAUUUAUAUCUUGUACCCCUUCUUUAUAAAAAUCAUGAUGCUAAAUUUAGAUAGCAACAAAUUUUUUUUACGAAUGGAAAAUAUGAGUAUGCCAUUAUGAAUAUUCUGAGUGGCAGCAUAGUAUUUGUGCAGUAUUAUGUUUAUUUACCUGACCAUAGAAUUAUGGUGAAAAAUGAAGUACACCAAAUGAGUUACAUUCCUAAAUGUUGUCUUACUCAAAGGUGGGGACCAAAACCUGUGGUUGAGAGAGAGAAAAAAACCUGUGAUAAAUAAUUUACCUUUGUAGCUAGAGAAUUCUUUUUUUCUUAAGUGAAAGCUGUAUUUAAGAUAGAUCUGUGUACAUGUAACUUAUAAUUUUGCCAGAUUUCUGUAUAGUAGGUGGUUUUUCUUGAAAGUGAAGAAAUUGUUUUCUUACUGUAUGCAUUUUCUAAGUAUAGCACUGUGAUUUAUUUAACCAAUUUUUUUUCCUUAAUUAUUUCCCAGAAGAACAUUGUCUCGCUUUUCAUUUAUUAUAUAUAUAAUUAUAUACAUACAUAUUUUUAUGAAUAAAUGAAAUCCAUCACCAAAAUGUUA